GCAGGACUUUACGGCUAGGACGGACAGGGUCUAGCGAUCCUGAGGCGCUCUGGGUCACGAAGGGCGAGUCAGAUAGAGAGGGACGCAGGGCUCAACGAGGGGAGAAGGCUUGGAGCUCUUUAGGACACGAGCCCCGCGGCGUUACGCGUGGGGGCGGGGUUUCGCGCCGUCUGGGCGGACGCUGAGGCGAGAGGCUGAGCAAGCGCGCGCGCUGCAAGAUGGCGGCGGCCGGUACGGCAGCGCCGGCCGGGAAUGUGUUCCCGUUCCGCGACUCCCGCGCCACGCCAGAUCCAGUGCUGGAGGCCGGCCCGGUGGCACACGGGCCACUGCCGGUGCCACUGGUGCUGGACAAUGGGUCGUUCCAGGCCCGCGCCGGCUGGGCUUGCCCCGGGCCGGACCCAGGCCCCGAGCCGCGCCUCCAGUUCCGCGCCGUGUGCGCCCGCGGGCGUGGCGCGGCUCGGGGCGGGGCGGGUCCGCAGGUGGGCAACGCGCUGGGCAGCCUGGAGCCCCUGCGCUGGAUGCUGCGCUCGCCGUUCGACCGUAAUGUGCCGGUAAACCUGGAGCUGCAGGAGCUACUGUUUGACUACAGCUUUCAGCACCUGGGUGUCUCCUCACAGGGCUGUGUUGAUCAUCCCAUAGUUUUGACAGAAGCUGUGUGCAACCCACUGUAUUCACGACAAAUGAUGUCUGAGCUCCUUUUUGAAUGCUACGGGAUUCCGAAGGUUGCCUACGGUAUAGACAGCCUGUUCAGCUUCUACCACAAUAAGGCAAAGAAUUUGAUUUCCAGUGGGCUCAUCAUUUCAUCUGGAUACCAGUGUACACAUAUUUUACCCAUCUUAGAAGGGAGGUUAGACGCUAGAAAUUGUAAACGCAUCAAUCUGGGAGGAAGCCAAGCAGCUGGCUACCUCCAGCGUCUCCUGCAGCUGAAGUAUCCUGGGCACCUGGCAGCUAUCACUCUCAGCCGCAUGGAGGAGAUCCUGCAUGAGCACAGCUAUAUCGCUGAGGAUUACGUGGAAGAAUUGCAGAAAUGGCGGUGCCCUGAUUAUUAUGAAAACAACGUCCACAAGAUGCAGCUCCCAUUUUCCAAUAAGCUCCUCGGCAGCACUCUGACCGCUGAGGAGAAGCAGGAAAGGCGGCAGCAGCAGCUGCGACGGCUGCAGGAGCUCAACGCCCGUCGGCGGGAGGAGAAGCUGCAGCUGGAUCAGGAGCGGCUGGACAGACUGCUGUAUGUGCAGGAACUUCUAGAGGAUGGCCAGAUGGACCAGUUCCACAAAGCCCUGAUAGAGCUGAACAUGGACUCCCCAGAAGAGCUGCAGUCCUACAUCCACAAGCUCAGUUCGGCAGUGGAGCAAGCUAAGCAGAAAAUCCUUCAAUCAGAAGUCACCCUCGAGGUGGAUGUGGUGGACAGCAAGCCAGAGACUCCUGAGCUGGAGCCACUAGAACCGUCUCUGGAAGAUGUGGAAAGCAUCAAUGACUUUGAACCCUUGUUUUCAGAGGAAGCGCCUGAAGUGGAGAAGCCAGUCCCCACCAUCCAGCCCGUGUUUAACUUGGCAGCAUAUCAUCAGCUGUUUGUUGGGACAGAAAGAAUUCGAGCUCCAGAAAUUAUCUUCCAGCCGUCUCUAAUAGGCGAAGAGCAGGCUGGGAUAGCAGAGACCCUUCAGUACAUUCUGGACAGGUACCCAAAGGACGUUCAGGAGAUGCUGGUUCAGAACGUUUUCCUCACUGGCGGGAAUAUGAUGUAUCCUGGGAUGAAAGUUAGAAUUGAGAAGGAGCUGUUGGAGAUGAGACCCUUUCAGUCAUCUUUUCAGGUGCAGCUUGCCUCUAACCCCGUGCUGGACGCCUGGUACGGUGCUCGGGAUUGGGCCUUGGACCACCUAGACGACGAUGCAGUCUGGGUCACCCGGAAGGAUUAUGAAGAGAAAGGAGGAGAAUACCUGAAGGAGCACUGUGCUUCCAACGUCUACGUCCCCAUCCGCCUGCCAAAGCAGGCUGCACGCUCCUCCGACGCCCAGGCAUCUGGCAAAGGCUCCGCGGCUGGUGGAGGUGGUGCUGGCGAGCAGGCGUAGCAAAGGGCCCCUCCACGACCGUGUCGCCAUGGUGACAGGACAGUGACUGUCCUGGACCUCUAACUCUGACCCAAGCGACAGUGGGCUGCGAGCUGGAGUUCUCCUGGGGGCACAGUGAAGGGGCACCAGGAGUUACUCUUCAGAGCUGUGUCCAUCUGCGGGCGGCUUCUGCAGUGAAGAACUUUCGGUGACCUGCCCGCGUCUCUGUUGGACUGGGGAUGAGCUGUGGCCUCAGCUUCCUGCAUCAGUAAAUGAAGACAGAGUGGAGGGCAGAGAUGUACAAAAUACACAGGGCUUCUUUCUUACUGCAUUUUGAAGCCUUUUUUGUUGUUUUUGUAAAAUUUGUAUUGUCAGUGUAGAUAUUCUAAAUUUGUUCAGAAAUUGUGUGAAUGCCCAGCAGAUGGAAGUCUUUCACAUACAUAUGAAAAGGAAAUGUUUAUGUAAUAAGAACAAUCGCCCACAAAACCUCAGGAGCUGGAAGCGUUUCCCUCCUCCUGUCACUUUCUGUUACAAAUGAGAUAAAAGGACCCAAAGAGGGGAACUAAGUUGUACAAAAUCACUCUGUUAGGGGCCUGCUCAGUGCCCACUUCUGAAUGGGCAGAAGUAGGACUUGGGCCCCACUUUUAUUCAUACUUCCUUUGCUGGGAACUUUUCCACCAUAUGAGGCCUUCCUACAAAUUCUUUUUUAAAGUUUUUGUCCCUGUGCGUUUGUUGGCUGCUUAAGUUUUUCAACCCUUUCUAAAGAAAGAAAUAGACUGGAGCAGGUUACCCCUGUCGCCUUUUCACUUUUGCCAUAACCUCACAUGCCCUGCGCCUUUGUGGCUUCGUCUUAAAUGGACAAGUGACCCCUCUCUUUUACAGAGAUCGCUUAGAGUUUUAACUCUCCAACACACCAAAUUGAGCCCUGAAGGCCCCUGAGAUGCUAGUGUCCCAUCACAGCAUCCAUACGUUUAAAUCCCAUGGAACCUCUAGCUCUGAUGCCUCUGUCGAGGCCACCUCAGAAUCUGUCUGCUCAGACAGCGUACCAAGGGUGACGGGUCGCCUGGAUCUCCAGCUCUCAAGGCCUUAGAAACUGAAAACCAGCAGAGGGGUGGUGGUAGUGGUGAGGGGAGAAGAAUCAAGCCAACCCAAGAGCUCCCGAAGCUUUGUCAGCCAGCCGUUGGCCGUCCACGGUUGGGCCCGAGGACUGAUGAGGUGGUGAUCAGCAUGAACUCCUAAGAAAGGGUAGCUGCGAGGUAGGCAGGACCAACCUCCACCCGAGAAAACUUUUCACAUCACGUUUCCAGGAAGAGGAACCACGUUAACUGCUCUUAGGGAGGCUUUUUCCCAUAGUCAACAGUUUAAACAGCCUGAACAGCAGUGGUGAGAGCAAGGCUGCCAUGGAGCGCCAGCUGUCCUGGGGAAGGACACAUCGUGGUCAAACAGCACAGUGUUAAGUGCGCCUGGUCAGGGCUCCCUGGAGACUGGCGCUGCAGAGGAGGUGUGGGCUGUGUGAGGCUCAGGCCAAGGGCGGAGCCUUGGGCCGUCCCUCCGGUCUCCUCUCUGACCCCUCACGUUAAGCAUGACCUCUCAGGUCACCUUUGCCUGUGCAGUUCUCUUCAGGGAGUCGACUCUUCCUUUCCAGCGCACUAGUCAGAAGUUUGCUACCCUGGGGUUCUCUCUGCCCCAGGAUGGUCUCUUCUAAACUGUAGAGGCUUCCGCAGGAGCAGGAAGUGCGUUUCACUCAGUGUGGAGUAUCGGCCGUGCAGUGCUAGAGGGCUCACAGGAGUGUUCGUGAAUGACUAAGUCUGUGAACAAAGAAAUUUGAGAGUAGUGUCAUUACGAGUGCACACCGAACUUCCCCUCAGCCAGGAAGCCCUACUUACGGAGACAUCUUAAUGUCCCCACUCUGACCCUGCCAUGACCGUGGAGAGAAGGUGGAUAAGAGUGUAGCUGAAUGUUCUGGGGGCAGCGGCGAAGGAAUGGACUCCCAUAGCCCAGCUUAGGGCUCUUGUCUGUGGUGGUGUGGCAGGAGAGGAGAUGGCCCAGGGUUAGGAGAGGCUUGUGGGUCUUCGAACCACUCAGGUCUGGGUUUGUGUCAGGGCAGCUCUGAAGGUUGGGCGGCCACCGAGGGUGAUCAGGGCCCCAGUCUUUGGCUAAGAUGUGGUAGAGGUGUUCCCCCCACUGCCACUUAGGCUGCCUCUGCCUCCUGCUGGCACCUCUGGAAAUAAACAGUUUUGUCAAAAGAACAAAGAAGGUAAAAAGGUAUGAAGAAGAAGAAGUUAAAAGAGUGAAAUAAGGGUUAAAAUAUGGGCAAAGAAGGCUACACUACACCAAGAAAUGGAGAAACCAAAUUCAUACCAAUACAGGAUGCAAAGAUGAUUUUACGCCCGUGUAAGGGAUUAAGUGGAUACAACUAAGUCUGUUGUGGUUAACUUUGUGGUUAAAUCAUUGCAAGAAAGUUAGAGAAUGCUAGAACAGGAUUAAAAGGCCUAGGUAGACAGACUGGCCGUUUACUAAAUACACUUUCCUCUGGGACACAGAGCUGCACAUUUCCCAGCCUCCUUUGCAGUUACACGUGGCCAUUUGAGUUCUGGCCCGUGGAAGGUGAGCAGAAGAGUAGGUGCCACUUCCAGGGCUGGCUUCUGUAAACCUCCCAUAAGAACACCUCUCCUCUGUCCCUGACCCCUGGCUGAGUGGCAGCAGUCUAAGGACCAUGGGGCCAUAAACGGGAAGGAGCCGAGUCCUUAAAUGACUGCUUGGAGCAGAGGCCCUGUGGAUUGUUUGCUGAGAGAAAUAAACUCUUACUGUGUUAAGUAAGGUACUGAGAGCUUUGGCCUUUAGGGUGGGCCCUGAACCUCAUGACUGGUGUCCUUGUAAAAGAUUUGACACAGGGAAGAAGGCGUGUGAAGACAGGCAGAGAUUGGAGCGAUGCAGCCACAAGCCAAGAAAUGCCAGGAGCCACCAGCAGUUGGAAGAGGCCAGGAAGGAUUCUCCCCAGAGGCUUCAUAGGGAACAUGGCCCUGGUGACACCUUGAUUUGGUAUUCAGAGCUGCGAGAGAGUACAUUUCUGUUCUUUUAGGCACCACGUUGAUGGUAAUUUGUUACAACUGCCCUAGGAAACACAGAUGGCCACGUUAGUCUGGAAUGAAUAUGAAUAUGGGUGAGAAGUGGUUGAGCCAUGGAGAAGCAAAUAACUUGCCCAUAAGAUGGAGGAGUCUUAGCAAUAUCAGCACCUGGACAACAAGAGAGGUUUGCCCCCAGGUAAGCUGGCACUGGCAGUGAAGGAGUAGAGAGGAAGGGAUUUGAAACAUGCACAGGACCAGAGCUGACGGUCUUGGAGAACCACCCAUUCUGAGGUGAGGGAGGCACCUCUGAGGCCAGAGGUGGUGUAAGGAGAAGCACGGGAGGGGCUGGCAAUAGACUUACUAAAGCAGCAGGAUCCGAGGAAGCCUGCCCACGAACACGCCAAAUUUACAGCAUCUGUCUCACUAGCACCAGGAGGGAGAACCCUAGGGAAACGUGGAAGACCACCUAAACCCUCUCCCUGCCCCACUCUUGAUUCAUAUCCUGCUAAUAGUUGUGUAGGUAAAUCUAACAUGCUCAAAUACGAACAUUAAUAAAAGAAAACCAGCAUCUUGAUGGGGAUACGGUAGGAAAAGAUCAAAAGUGGAAAAUUUAAAUUCAACUUCAGUAGAUAAAACAUACUAAGCUAUUAUAGGCCAGAAGAAAAUUGUAAUGAACAUUCCAACAUGAAUUAAAAAUAGACAAGCAAAUGCAGUGUGAUACACACAAAGCAAGUGAAAUUUAGAGGUGACCAAACAGCAGGUAGAAGUGAAAUGGGAAUGGACAGGACUUAAGAAAGAAAUUGAAUGAAACGGAAAAAUUAUCUCGGAAACCUACACUCAAGAUGCACAAAGGGAAGAUAUUCAACUGAAAGAGAAAAAAAUGAUAGGAAAAGAGACCAAGGAAAUUAAUCAAAUUGAAUAUAGUUGAAAAUUUAACUAUAAUUGAAUUUCAUAUUGAGAGGCAUUGACGCAAGACAAUGGAACAACAAAUGAAACUUACCAAGGUAAUUCAAUAAAACUUUACUCCCCUGAAAAGAAAACCCUUGAAUAUAAACACUGUGAAGACACACUGUGUGCAGGCUUGGGAAACUGACUCAGAAGUGUCAACUCUAAGAACGAUCCUACUAAAAUUAUGUCAACUCUAAGAAAGAACUUAGUAAACAAAAGGACUCUUCUGGGGUCUCAGGCAAAAAGACAAAUGGCUUACACAAUAAAAGAAUUAGAUAUCAUCAGACUUUUUAACAGCAAACUAUAAUACUAGAAAGAAAAUUGAAUAAUUAGAAAAAAAAUGGUAAGUGUUGGAGGAGGUCAUAGAGAGGAUGGGACCACCAGUUGACCUUCAAGCUAGACCUCUGUCCAUUCCCAUAGCCAGAGUUUCAAGGAUGCAGCCUUGUAAUAGUAUCUUAAGUCAGCUUAGCUAUGGUACUGACCAUCUUGUUUUCUCAUUCCUCAGUGGGCAUGCCCCAACCUGGACAAGUUCUGGAAACUUGUAGCUUUAGUUGUGGGGGUGCAGGCCAUUCCCAAUUUGGGACACUGGAGCAGUAUUUGGACUGGGUUUCAUUAUAAGUAUUAAAUCUGAAAGGACCGGCACUACCCAUGUCCUGAUCACUCUUCUCAGUAAAGGGCUUUCCAAGAGUGUGAACUAAGUCCUUUUGUUGAUAGUCUGUCAGCCCUUGUCAUAGGCAUUCCUUUUAGCCACUGUGCGAGACAGAACACCCAAAUGCUAAGUAUACAGAUAAGAAUCUGAAUAAACCUGAGCAGAAUAUUUACAAAGUCCCCCUCCCCCAAGGAGGAGGAGGAUCUGCCUUCUUUUUCUUGGCAACUUUUCUGACAUACUGGGUCUGACAAUAGGAAAGGUCUUAGGAGAUGAUUGAGAUACACUGGGAAAUUGGAGGACCUACCAAUGACACCCAGUGAAUUCUAGCAUCCCCUCUGUGCUGCAAAGCCUCUGUGUGGACAGGGUGCGUGAACUGAUCAUUUGGUGCCACCUAGCGGCUCGACAUGGAUGCACAUCUCCCAAAGGUUCUUUUCUGAAUUGGGGGCUGAUUUUGGAGAAGGACCAAAUUUUAAAAAGCUUCCAGAGGAGCAUGGUUGGGUGAAGCAAGGAGGAGCAGAGGUGUAUCUUGGAAACGUGAAGGACCUUGGCUUUGGCUCCUUGUCAACUCUGGAAGCAGACUCUUAAAACCUCAUUGCCCUUUUCUUUUCCGUAUUCUGACUUUGAGCCUCUCAGGCUUGCUCUUCUCGCUCCCAGCUAUUUAAUGGGAGUCUAGGGCUUGAUCUUGAGAAUGGAGCGCCUCCUGGUCGACAAUUCCUAGUGAAGAAAAUCUCAGAAAAGAUGUUGCCUUUCCCCCUGCAAGUUUGGAAAAGCAAACACUACUGAGAGCAGCAGAAAGCUGGUUCAAAUAGCUUGUUCUGAUAAAAUGCGGCUCUCAUCCUGCUCUGAUUUUGGCUGCAUAUGUUACAUGUAACAAAGGACUCUUAAGUCACCUGAGUUUCAGAGAAAUGUAAUCGUGGUUUAAAAAAAAAUCUUUAAAAAAUUGAUAUCUUUAAAAUUGUUUAAAUCCCUUAAAAAAUUUUAGUAGCUUUCCUUAAUUAUAUGUUGCCCUAGUAAUAACGUUUCAUUUGACAUCAUUAUUUUUAAAAAUGAAGGUACAGUGGUUUGUGAGUUGUCUGUAUCGGCCAGAAGAGCUUUGUAAUUUCCUCCUCCUCUCACCUAUGAUUAAGAUUUUAAAGGAACAAUACAUGCUUUGUAUAUGUGGGUUUGGACUCGUGUAUAUGUUAUACACAAUUAUAAAACAAACAAAUUUUAAUGACUAUAAGAGCAAAAUCCUUACAAAUCAAAAGCAAAGUAAAACGAACCUAGUUAUUUAACAAGUUGGUGGCUUAUACAGAGAAGUCUUAUUUUAAGUCUUUAAUUAGAUGACUUUAGUUGGGUAGCUUUAUUGUAAGUGACUUUUUAUAGUAGUAAGGGGAAAAAAUGGUAGUUGAAUGUACAUCUUUAGUGGGUAUAGUCUAAGAACAAAAAAACUGCAAAUCUUACUGUUUUCAGUAAUUAUGUUAGUAAUAGCAUUGGUAUGGUUACCCUGAAGAUAUAAAUAUGUAAAUAUGUUAAUGUUUGGAACCAAGAUUUUCAGCAUGAGAUACAAGAUAUAAAAAUAUAAAAUCAAAAUAUUAAAAGUCCUGUAAUGCUAAAUUUUAAUCUCAAAUAUCAGUAUGAUGUAUUUUCUCUCUAGAAUUAUUAACUUCUUAGCUGAAGUACAAUCUAGAAAUAAUGAACAGCCCCGUGUCAAGGAACACCCCUAGUGUAACUUCUCAAAUACCAUUUCUCAUUGAAAGCAACCAGGGCUCCUUGGAGAAAUGGCUAAUUCCAGUUCUGGGGCAGGAAAUAAUACAAGAUGAGCCUGGAAUAUCAUUGCAUCAGAAAGCUAAGACUAUCAAAGACUCUUGAAGACUCCUGGGAUCGUAUCAAAAGUACUCAGGAGCCAACUUGAAAUGACUCCCACUGGCCAAGGAACGGGGCAAUUUGAGCAUCAGAAAGAAUAAAAAGUGAAGGGUAAAAACACAUCAAAUGUUACAAUCUAUAAAUUCAUCAUUGAUUACCUCUGGAGGAACCAGGUCACAGUUUUGAAAACUGAUAAAGGGUAAGAAGCUGACACUGAUCCUGCCUUUCCUGUACCAGCGGUACCCAGGGUAACCAAAUAGAUAAGGGAUUUUUUUCUUUGUAGAGGAUUUUCAGCUAAUACAUGAAGAAGGGAUCAUACUCAUAGAAGACAACAGUUUUCUAACUUCUGAUAAUGGCAAGAGCCAAUAAGCAUCGACGGCCACUAAAAACCACUUGGUGCAAAGCUGAUGGGAAUUUAUAAUGGAUGGAUAUCAUGUGCCUUCUGAUGUGAUAACAUAUGGAACAUCAUCCAUGAAGUGGUUUUACAAAAAAUUUUAACCUGAAUCUGAGAAGCCUCGAGAUUUAACUGCAAGUUCACUGGAAAUAUUGGGGACAGAGAAACAUUGUAUAAGUUAGGGUCCCAACAGGAAGCAGAUGGUGAACUCAGAUUAGGAAAAUUUGAAGAGGGUGUAUGUACAAAGGUGAAGGCAGAGUCUGAAGGGUAGUGCAGGAUCCUAGGAUGAGCAGAAGAGAAGCCUUUGCCAACAAGAGGAAGAGAGAGAUUAUCAGAACCUGGAAGGGGAGGGAGUUCUGUCUUGAGAGAAAGAGUCACCUUCAGUCAAGAGGCACAGUCAGUGGGCGAGGGGUUAUCACUUUGUGAGGGGUGAAAUGUCUAGUGUAUUGUUUAGUACACCUGAAACUAAUUUAAAAAAGAAAGAAGGGAGGGAGGGAGGGAGAGAGGGAGGGAAGACAACCCAGGUCAGCCUUGCAGGAAGGGAGCCAGGGAAAUAAACACUCCGACCUCAUUCUCCUCCCUCUCCCUCCCAUUCCUACCAGGGCUCCCUAUUGGCUAAACCCAACUGAAGCCUCCUGGCAAGACAGCCUGGCUGAUAUAGUCUCCACGGGUCAGCCUCUUGGGGGCAAAGACCAGGGUGGAGAAGGAUGGAAGGGGACCUGAAUGGGGCAAAUGAGUAACGUCUGUCAUGGACAUGACAAACAGCACCGUGGGGAUGCAAUCCACAAAAUCCAGAAAGCAGAAAACUCUCCAGGACAAAACAACCUUCCUUUUUUAUUGCCAAGAGGGGAAAAAAGAGGCAGGGUGGGGGAACCUAUAAAUUAAACCACCUUUUUUCCCUCCCUAACAAAUGAAUUGCAAAGGGGAUAAAAAGGGGGACCUAUAAAUUAAAAGACAUUUGAAACAAAACACAACGUGUAGACCUUGUUUGGAUCCUGAUUCUAGUACAUCAACUGUUAAAAAAAAUCAGGGACAUUUGAAUAUGAUCUAGAUAUUCAAUUAUAUG